AUGGGGAAGGAUGACUUUCCAGCGCAUGUUGUCACUUGGCUUUCUUUGCCAAAGAUCACCUUCUAUGAGGAGAAGAAAUUCCAGGGCCGCUGCUACAACUGCAGCAGCGACUGCGCAGACCUGCACUCGUAUUUCACCCGCUGCAGCUCUAUCAGGGUGGAGAGUGGUGUUUGGGUGAUCUACGAAAGGCCCAACUACAAGGGCUUUCAGUACAUCCUAUACCCGGGCGAGUAUGCCGACAACCAGCAGUGGAUGGCCUUCAGCGACAGUGUCAAAUCAUGCCGUACUAUUAAGAACGUUUAUGGCAACUGGAAGCUGAGGCUGUACGAGAGGCCAAACUUUGGCGGCCAGAUGGUGGAAUGCACCGAGGACUGCCCCUCGGUGUACGAGACCUACAAGUUUCGCGAGGCUUACUCCUGUGUGGUAACCGAUGGCGCUUGGGUGUUCUACGACCUCCCCAACUAUAGGGGGCACCAGUACCUCCUGGAGCAGGGCGAGUAUCGGCAGCACGCUGACUGGGCGGCCUCCUCUCCUGGCAUAGGUUCCUUCCGCAGGAUCACAGAGUAUUAG